ACCUACCGAGGUAGGUUUAAAACCCGGGGUCACCCGGGCUUUUCUCCCAGGCCCGCCCUCUCUAUUUUCUUCAGUAUUGUCGCCUUUGAUCUUGUGACUUUCAAGAAACGCGUACACAAUUCCACCCACCAGUGUCUCAUUCUCGAGCCGAAAUUGUCGACCUGUUUCCCUGAGACACUAUCGCUCUCGUUUCCAAAAUGCCUGCCGUCGAAGCCCCUCAGCAGCAGCAGCCCAUGGAGGCCUCCCCCCAGGACGUUGUCUCCCAGCAGCCUGCUGCCGAACCCCAGCCCGAGAUGUCGAUACGCGGAGGUUUCAUGGAGGAGUGCUCCUGUUGCUGCUUCAGCGAGGAGUGUGCUUGCUGCUAAGCGACAUGGCACCUCACAGGGCUCCCCAUCGUCGGGACUCGACCAUGCUUCAGUAGCCUAUUGUCAUGGUUGACGCUUUUUACCGCAUCGGAAAAGCCAACUGGGGUUUGGUUGAAGAGCUGCUGUGAGCUGUCAACAGAUGGUCGGGCUGCUUCUGGGUAUCAGUUCUGUGAUCAGACUAGUCUUGGAGUCUUGGGUGAUAUAUGUCGCAUAGUUCAAUAAAACUGCAGAGUCACAAAAUUUUCUCGUAACCUUGCGUUCU